UCACUCUCCCCCCUUCAUACACUUCAAGAAACCAAAAUGGUGAAGUUCUCGAAGGAGCUUGAAGCUCAAAUCAUUCCCGAGUGGAGGGAGAAAUUCGUGAAUUACCGCCACUUGAAGAAACAAAUCAAGAGAAUCAAGCUUUCUAGAUUGCCCAAACAACCUCAAGACGUUAAUGGCGAAUUCGGUCUCUCCAUUUUCGACCCAAUUCGAUACUUGACGAACAAAAUCUAUAACAAGUUCCACGAUCCCGAUAACAAGUCGACCGAUAUAAUUCAGGUCAAGAAUAAAACCAUGGAGGAUAGUGAGGAGGAGGUUUAUGAAACUGAGCUUUCUCAGCUGUUUACUGAGGAGGAUGAGGUAAUAAUGUUUUUUGCGAAAUUGGAUGAUGAGCUCACUAAGGUGAACCAAUUUUACAAGAAAACGGAGGGUGAGUUGCUUGAGAGAUGGGAGAAUAUCCACAAGCAGCUUCAGAUUUUGCUUGAACUCAAGCAAAUUAUCAAUGACCGUCGCCGGAAAAGCUCUCCGUCGAGUCCCAACUCCCUAAGUUCUCCUCGUUCUUGGUUAUCUCCGGCCCGGAGUUCUAAUUACUCGGAAGGGUCGAUUGAAUUGGCUGAAAGCCCUACUGAUCAGAGCUCGGAGACAGAAGAAGCAAUAGCAUCAUUACAAAGAAAUGGUGUGAGUUUCGUUAACUUGGAAACAAGGACAAAAACAAAGCAAGGGAAACAUAAGAUGGCCAUGAAGAUAGACAUUCCGGCAACGACAACAACAAGGGCAAUCGCCGCCCUUACAUCGAUAGUACUGUGGGAAGAUUUAGUUAAUAAUCCCAGAAAAGAAGGCUCCGGUGAAUUCAUUAAUCGAAAGAAGGUUCAAUGCGCUGAGAAGACUAUAAGAAGCGCAUUUGUUGAGCUCUACAAAGGCCUUGCUCUACUCAAAACUUACAGCUCACUAAAUAUGGUGGCAUUCACAAAGAUACUGAAGAAAUUCGAUAAGGUAUCCAACCAGCAAGCUUCGGUAAAUUAUCUAAGAGCCGUGAAGGAAUCCCCUUUUAUUAGCUCUGGCAAGGUUGUUAGACUGAUGGACGAUGUGGAAACCAUAUUCACAAAGCACUUCGCCAACAAUGACAGGAAAAAGGCGAUGAAAUUCUUGCGCCCCCAACAGCCAAAAACAUCUCACAUGCUCACCUUCUUUGUUGGAUUGUUUACUGGUUGUUUUGUGUCCCUAUUUAUUAUAUAUGCAUUCUUAGCACACUUGUCGGGUAUAUUCUCCUCCCCUUAUAGACAACAAAAGGAAUAUAUGGAAACAGUAUACCCAGUUUUCAGCAUAAUUGCUUUGCUGAGUUUGCAUUUGUUCAUGUAUGGAUGCAAUUUGUUCAUGUGGAAGAAUACAAGGAUCAACUACAACUUCAUCUUUGAAUUCUCACCCACUACAUCCCUCAAGUACAAAGAUGCCUUCCUCAUUUGCACCACCUUCAUGACCAUUGUGGUCGGAGCCAUGGUUGUCCACCUCCUUUUACGGGCCACCGACGUCUUUCCUUCUAGACAAGUUGAUACAAUUCCUGGAAUUCUUGUGUUGUUUUUCUUUGCACUGCUCAUUUGCCCAUUUGACAUCUUCUACCGCCCGACACGCUACUGUUUCCUCCGUAUAAUUCGUAACAUAGUCUGCUCUCCAUUUUAUAAGGUUAUGUUGGUAGACUUUUUCAUGGCCGACCAACUUACUAGCCAGAUUCCCUUACUGAGGCACAUGGAAUCCGCAGCCUGCUACUUUCUUGCAGGAAGUAACAGAACACACAAUUACAGUGCCUGCGACCUCAAAUCCGGAAGGAUAUUCAGGGAGCUAGCUUAUGUCAUUUCUUUUUUGCCAUACUUUUGGCGUGCAAUGCAGUGUGCAAGACGAUGGUUUGAUGAAUGUAACGUGGACCAUUUGGCUAACAUGGGGAAGUAUAUUUCAGCCAUGGUGGCAGCCGGUGCCAGGUUGACAUAUGAUAAACAUAAUAAAUUAAACCUCUGGUUUGCCGUACUUACUUCUGUGGUGGCUACUCUAUAUCAGUUGUACUGGGAUUUUGUUAAGGACUGGGGGCUUCUCAAACCCAACUCCAAAAACCUCUGGCUUAGAGAUGAUUUAAUUCUCAAGAAAAAAUGCAUCUACUACAUUUCCAUAGCCUUUAACAUUGUUCUAAGAGUUGCGUGGGUGGAGUCCGUACUUAGGUUGCCUAGAGAACCAUAUGCUGAGCAACGGUUGCUAGAUUUUUUCCUGGCUUCAUUGGAAGUUAUUCGUCGUGGACAUUGGAACUUUUAUAGGUUGGAGAAUGAGCAUCUGAACAACGUGGGAAACUACAGGGCAAUGAAGGAAGUUCCAUUACCAUUCCAGGAGACAGAUUCUGAUGGGUGAAUCGUUGCUUAGACAGCAUGCAUGCAUGCAUGUACAGACGCCCGUACGUCCAUGACAAGCUGGCCAGUCAUUUUAAAUAACAAAACGGCUCGUCAUCUCCAUUACAUAUAAUCUCAAUUCUAAGGCGCCAAUUGUUAUGAAGAAUUAAAGCGCGUGUUAAGACAAUAAUGUUUAAUUUUCUUGUACAAUUAACAAACAGGCAUUCUGAGUUGAACAUAAA